AUGAGCAAACUCAUGCAUCAUGAAAAAAAAAUUGCUGAUGAGGCCUAUUUUGCUCGGCAAUUUUUCAUUUCUUACUACUAUGCAUGGAAUACUGGGCGUAAAGAAUUACUCUACAGUUUAUAUUCUCAAAGAUCUACUCUCCUUUGGAAUGGCCUAGCUUAUCGAGGAGCAGAUAUUGUUAACUUAUACGACAAAAUUUACCAGCAAAUGUGUUUUACUUCAUUUGAUUAUCAAGUAAUUGACAAUGAGCACAUGUUACUGACUUCAUAUGGGAUGCUCGCUUUGGAUAACGACCCAAGCACAGCACGAACGUUCUCUCAUCAAUUUGUCAUUGAAGCAAUCAAGACAAGUCCACAACAAACAACGGUGACACCGAUCAUUCUCUCGGAAAACUUUAGGUGGAUCGUAAAGGUUGACUCUGGAUUAUUCAAAGAAGUAUUUGAGGAAUAUGAUAGGGGCACUCAAACCCCCUAA